AUGAGGAGCACAGCAGCUCGACUUCUCAAACUCAAGCCGGUGCCCGCGUCGGCAGUUCUGUCGCUUCGCCUGCCGCCUGCCGCGUCUCGCACCAAAGCCGCGUCGGCAAGCUCACAGGCAGCUCGCACCAAGCCAACCAUGGCCAAUGUAGCGGCCGAGCUCGAGUCGAAGCUCGUCGCGCGCCAGGAACUCGGCAGCAACGUGCGCUUCUCCGAACACAUCAGCAACAAGGAGCUAUAUUGGAAGGUCUCCAAGCCACAGCGAGACGUGCUCAAGAAGGUCUUGCGCGAAGCAUGA